AUUGUUAUUUACGCGUAUAACAUGAAUCGCACGGAACUGGAUUAUUAUGCCAUACUGAACGUUCCACGUGAUUCACCCAAAGAGACUAUAACAUUGGCAUAUCGUAAAUUAGCCAUUCAGUUGUGUCCACAUCGUGAUCCGAAAUAUGAACGCGAUUUUGUGCCCAAUCUUGGGCCAACACACAUGCAAACGCUGUCGUUGAAUCGCCAAUGGGAAUACGUAAAUAUGGCGUACGAUGUUUUGGGCAAUGAUUUGUAUCGCGCCAUCUACGACCGAUUUGGGGAGGCAGGACUCUUUCAAGGUAUCCAACUGCCCAACGGCUACUUCCCACCCUAUCAAUAUCAUGGCGAUCAUAUGAAGGUCUAUCACGACGUGUUUGGCAGCUACUCACCGUAUGCAAAUAUCAUCGAUAUCGUAACAAAUCCACCAGUCCUCUAUUCAUCAUUGGAACAUGGCAUUGGUGUGCGCAAGAAGGAUCCGCCAGUAGAGAAAAUAAUUUAUUUGGAACUAGAAGAAGUAUUUACGGGCUGCACAAAAUUGAUGCACGUCUGGCGCCAGGAAUUUAUCGAUUCCAAAGAAACGGGCACAGAGAAAAAAAAGAAAACUCUCACACUAAAAAUACCGUUCGGUACCACCCAAGGUACACGAUUUUGUUUUAGAGAGGAAGGUGAUCGCAGUCCAACGCAGAUUCCGGCCGAUAUAAUUUUCAUUACUGCCGAUAAGCCGCAUCCAUUAUUCGUGCGCAGUCAGCACCAUAACUUGGUCUACACGCAUAAUAUAUCCUUAAAGGAGGCGCUCUGUGGAUUUAAUUUUAAAUUAAAUACUUUAGAUAAACGCGUUUUGAAAAUUACUGUUUCCGAUGUGAUUCAUCCGGGUUAUAUAAAAGUGAUGCCAAGAGAGGGACUGCCAAAGUGUGAAAAUCAACCAAUCGCUCCCGAUAUGAAGCCCGCAGGUGUGAAGAGAAAAAAUUUCGGAGAUUUGAUAAUCAAAUUUCAGGUUGAGUAUCCAAAGUUUAUGAAUAACAAGAUGCGCCAAUUGACCAAGAACUUCUUCAAAGAACUGCAUGAAAUGCAAGAAGAAGCUGAAAACGCACCACACCCGCUGCAAAAACUUUUGAAAAAGAAGUAGACGAAGUAAAACUAAAUCAGUUGGAAGAUCAUAAAGCAUUGUUUUUAAAUUAGCAUUUUUUUAUUUUAUUUAAAUUCAACGUAUAAACGUAAAGGACUGUUACGUUUGAAUGGAUUUGCAAUAUAUGUAUGUACUAUUUCCAUCAAUGUUUGUAUGUAUGUACAUAAACGACAUAUGUAUGUACGCAAAUAUGUACAUAUGUAUGCGUGUGUGUAUAUUCACAUCAUACAUUUUCUAUAUCCAUAUUUGUCUGAUUACAUA